CGAGAAUCACUGUGGACCCCAAUCUUUGAGUUGACUCCUAUGAAGUCGAAGGGAUCAGGCAUGACAGGCCCACAUUGAUUAAACUAUACAAGAAGUUACAUACAUUUAAAUCCAAUAAUAGACACCGUCGCCUGUGUAUGAGUUGUUUGUCAAUAACACCGUCAUAUUUUUUCAUCGUCCCUACUGGCCCUAUAUAUAUACAAUCAAUCUAAACACAUCCCACAACAAAUUAAAACAGAUCAAUCAUACUAAACUUCAUUUAGUGUUAAGUUUGCGUUUAAUUUGCUUCUCUACCAGAUUUUCUAUCCUAUCUCAGUAACCUUUUUUCAAGAGAAUAGAGGUUGGUAAUAUGUCAUCACUUCCCAUGCAAAUGUGGAAACAAGCACAACCAUUACUAAAGAUACCAACAAGCUUGUUAAAAAAGGAAGUACUCAAUCCGUGGAAGCAGCAAAGAGACAAGGUGGUGUUCAUUAUGGGGGCAACCGGCACUGGCAAGUCCCGACUAUCAAUCGACCUAGCAACGUCUUUUCCAGCAGAAAUAAUAAAUUCAGAUAAGAUCCAAGUUUACAAAGGGCUAGACAUUGUGACCAACAAAAUCACACGGCAAGAGCAAUGUGGGGUCCCACACCACUUGCUUGAUAUAGUCAACCCAAAUGUUGACUACAAAUCUAAAGACUUCUGUCUCAUGGCCACACAUGCGGUGGAAUCUAUUCUUCAACAAGACAAACUCCCAAUCAUUGUUGGGGGCUCUAACUCAUACAUUGAAUCUUUAGUUUCGGACCCUAAAUAUGGGUUCAAGUUUAACUAUGAUUGUUGUUUCCUUUGGGUCGACGUGUCUGUUUCAGUGCUACAUAAGUCUGUAUCAAACAGAGUUGACAAAAUGGUUCAAUCUGGUUUGGUUGAUGAGGUUCGGGGGAUAUUCGACCCUUACAACUCGGAUUACACCCGGGGUAUACGACAAGCCAUUGGAGUACCCGAAUUCGACACAUUUUUUCGGACCGAACAUCAUUUAGAUGAAUCAGAUCGAGAUAAACAACUACAAGGUGCUAUUAGUGAGAUAAAGGAGAAUACAUGCAAACUUGUAAACAAGCAAUUGAAGAAAAUCCACAUAUUAAAGCACUUAAAGGCAUGGGAAUUAUAUCGGCUUGACGCCACUGAGGUGUUUAACAAUGGUAACGAAGAUGUUGCUAAUGACGCUUGGCAUAAGAUGGUCACCCAACCAUCGCUCGAAAUUGUCACACAGUUUCUUUCCAACACUCGUAAUUUGGACCCUAAUUUCUCUGCAAGAAGGGUAUUGCGGAACAUGAUUGAACAAAACCACCCGUUGAUUGCUACAGCCUAAGUGCAUGACGUGUUUGGAUCCUCUAGAGUU